UAAAAAAGCGGGGGAAAUCACCCCAAACCCACCAGCUCAUGGUGAUUCUUUGCCUUUCAGUAACCAUCUUCUCAUCUGUAUACAUGUAAAUAACAGCGAUGUUAUAUGUAUUUUCCUUAAAAACAUUUUUUUUAUAAAAUAGGGACUAAAGGCAAGUAUAUAUGUAUGUUUAUAACGGGAAAAAAUGUGGGAUCUGUACACCAGGUUUAUAAUAUUGUUCUUACAUACGAGGGCUUGUGAAUAUGUUAACAGAGGAAAAGCUAAUUAGUAAAUAAUGUUUUUAAAAAUGCAAAAUAUAAAAAAUGUAAAAUAGGCUGGGCGCGGUGGCAUAUAAUCUGUAGCACAAUUUACCUCAUGUCUAGGGAGACAGACUCACUCGAACAGGAACUUAAAUACUAGUCCAUGAACAUAUAAACAAGACCACACAGGAUUCCAGACACUGAAUGGGAUCCACAAACUCACUCACAGACACACCCAUCUGUUUAACUGCCACUCUUCAAUUGCCAGACGCUCGUACCCAAGGUUCCCAGGUGGUGUCAGACGCUCGUACCCAAGGUUCCCAGGUGGUGUCACUCAAGGCCAUUUCCACGGACUUGAUCUGGACACUCCUGUUCACUCAGAUCUAAGUUCCCAGAAACCUCAUUCCCAUCGUCGCCCGCUGUGGACACCAGAAUGAGUUCCCAGCGUUUGUUGAAAACCUUCUAAUUCGUUCUCUACUUAUAGGUAGAGUUGCCGUCUAUUUCGCAAAAAGCGCCUCGGGCGGGCGGAACCGAGUUGCAUGCUGGGAGUAUUCUUGCAGCCUUCCUUCCGCCUUCCCGGGACUCGCCGGCUGCGAACUACAUUUCCCAGAAGUCUUCGGAUCGGGGUCUUUUAGGGGCUGGGCGAGCGUCCCAGUCCCCAGCUCUUCUUUUGAGCCCGCUCCCAGCCUCUGAGAGUUUCCCGGUUCUUAUUUCCCAUAAGCCUCUGGGUCCAACUAACCUCGUCUCGGUGUCCCUUUCCCGUGUCCUCAAGGUUUUUGGACUCUGCGCGGUGAGUUGGUUGUGUACGUAGUAAUCAGCCCGCGUGAGGCUAGCAGGGCUCAGCAGACAUUACUGGGCCGGAUCGGAACCCGCAGUGAGGGUGGGGGUGACAUCCGGGGCGGUGGAAGUGAGGCGAUUAGGGUCACGGACCGGGCGUGUAGUGUCCGGAGCCUCAAGCCUGUGUGUAUGCUUGAGCAGAUGAGGGGGACAGUGUGUGACAGACUGCGUGACAGGGCCAGAGGGGGUUCCGUGACAGUGGAUUCGAUUAGGGGUGGUGGAAUGCGUGGCCUUAUUUGUAGGUGUGGUUUGCUUUGAUGGAAUGUUCCAGGUUCCUGCCGUUAGGCCGUCCUUGAACUUGCUAACCCGUUAAGUGACAGCAAGAUGUCUGUAUGACAGCAAGUCCCAGAAUGGACGUUUCAAGCAAUUCAGAUGCGAGUUUUAGAUCUGGAAGUAUCCUGGUGACAGCGUGAGGAGGUCCUAGGGGUAGGAUUCCUAGAAGGGGCCCCUCUAGAAGCUCUUUGAGGGCCAGCUGUACGUUUCAUAGCUACUGCAAUCAGACCUCUGUCCCUGAGUAUUGCUGUCAACUCAGACAGACUCCAGCUUCCAUUUUAAUUUCAUUUGGUUAUGUGUGGAAGAAGGUAGAUGUUGCCCUAUAAGUUGUUUUGUUCUUUCUUUUUUCUUCUUUUAAAGUUUUAAGAGAAAAAAUAUAAGACCAGGUUUAUCGUCAAAAUUACAUAACAAAUUCAAAUGAUACAAUCUUAACUCACUGAAAGAAUAUAAUUUUCUCCAGCGCCAGAAAACUUUUUGGUUGAAACCAUGCCAGCUUUUGGUUUAAUGAAAAAUUUGCCAUGUUCGUUCCCAAUCUUCCAUGCUACAGGAGGUUUCUGUAUCUUUGUCUUUUGCUGUGACACGACAGAGGUUUUCCAUCUGGUUUUCUUUCUCCAUCUGUUUUUUCCUGCUGCAGGAGUCUGAUUUUGUAGAUUUUUUGCAGGAACUGAUGUUUGUUGUCAUGUUCAUCAAGAAUUUUUCACAAUUACUCUUGCAAUGGUUGAUUGGGGGGGACUACCAUUGCCUGUUACAGUAACUUCUAGUGUGUAUUCAUCUGGCUGUUCUCAGUCUGUUUUCCUUGAUUUUCUUGUGAUGAAAACUACAUCAACACAGGUGAAAGUACAUACAGGAGAAGCACACACAUUAGUGGUGCUAGCCUAUCUAUGAGGGUGCUUGGCUAGCAGGCCUGUGCUUGGGUGUAGCCAUUAUAGUGGAAUUUGGACCUGCAGGUCAGGAACCUGGGCUUUGGUGUCUGCUCAAGCCUGUAGAAAGAGUGAUGUUCCACACAUGUCUUCCAUAGCCUUUUUGCUGCCUGGUGGUCUGGCAGUUUGAAUUUGAUGGUGGUCUCAGAUUGUUCCAUUCAGAUUCCCUCCCUGCAUGGUUACAUCACGCUGGCUGUGUCCCUCUGGCAAUGGCUCAUCUCAAGACAGCCAUUGCCACACAGAUCUGUCCUUAUGGGUUCAGGUACCAAAUCUGCUUUUCUCCUUCAGACCUGGGUGUGGUGAGGUGAACACCAUACAAGGGAAGUCUCCUUGCAUGCUCUAUAAACUCAUUAUAUGCUUGUUCUAGAGACAGGACCUUCCUGCUUAGGGUUUUCUUGAAUCCUAAGUCCAAAAUAGACCUUCUCCAAGAGAUUAAGGUGUUCACAUUCUUUGUCAAAAAGCACUUGUCCCUUAGCAAGUUUCUGGGAUCCCGAUGUGGAAUGUGGGGAAUAUUGGGAUCCUCCAGGGGUCUUUUUCCUGGGGCUUCUGUGCCAGGAACAAUGUUGAGGUUUUUCUUCCUGGGUUUUGUGGCACCAGAAAAGAGGGGGUUGGAAGUUCCAGUUCCCCGAUCUCAGUUCACCCGGUUUGAUUACUGGGCAGAACUAGAAAGUUCAAGUGAGGCAUGGUGGUGACUGAAAGCAAAAGUGAGUGGAAACUGAAAAUAAAACUCGGGCUGCACAGGCAGUGUGGACAGAAAGCAAAAGUAACAUACACAAGUUUCAGGGUAACAUAGAGAGAUUUUAUUUAGGAAUAACAAAGAAAGUUUAGAGCAUUUCCAAAGAGACUUGGAAGUGGGUCCCUCUCAUGAAGGAGAAAAGUGCCACCAAGUUCCUAAGAAGGACCUUGAGAAGAAGAAAAGAAGUUUUACCCAUUUAGAAAUCAAGAUUCAUUUCUGGCUUUUCUGGAUUCUGUGCUUCACCAAUAGAGGAACCUCAUGGAGCAUUAAUUAGUUCUUGCAGAUCUCGAACCAUGACUGAUGGAUUGGUGACAUUCAGGGAUGUGGCCAUCAACUUCUCUCAGGAGGAGUGGGAAUGCCUGGACCAUGCUCAGAGGGACUUAUAUCUGGAUGUGAUGUUGGAGAACUAUAAUAACUUGGUGUCACUGGAUUGGGAGUCAACAACAUGUGAGACCAAAAACUUAUUUUCAGAAAAGGAUGUUUUUGACAUACAUUUUUCUCAGUGGGACAUAAAGGAUAAAAGUAAAACCCUUGGCCUUGAGAAAUCCCUUUUCAGAAAUAAUUGGAAGCACAAAAGCAAAUUUGAGGGACUACAGGGACAGCAAGAGGGAUGCUUCAGUCAAAUGGUAAUCAGCUAUGGAAAAAUACCAACUUACAGAAAAAGUAAAUCUCUUACUUCACAUCAAAGAAUUCACAGUAGAGAAAAACCCCAUGUUUGUAAAGAAUGUGGGAAGGCAUGUAGUCAUGGCUCAAAACUUGUGCAGCAUGAGAGAACUCAUACAGCUGAAAAACACUUUGAAUGUAAAGAAUGUGGGAAGAAUUAUUGUAGUGCCUAUCAACUCACUGUGCAUCAGAGAUUUCAUACUGGUGAGAAACCUUAUGAAUGUAAGGAAUGUGGGAAGACCUUUAGUUGGGGAUCAAGCCUUGUUAAACAUGAGAGAAUCCAUACUGGGGAGAAACCCUAUGCAUGUAAGGAGUGUGGAAAGGCCUUUAGUCGUGGCUAUCACCUUACUCAACAUAAGAAAAUUCAUAUUGGUGUGAAAUCUUAUGAAUGUAAGGAAUGUGGGAAGACCUUUAUUUGGGGUUCAAGCCUUGCUAAACACGAGAUAAUUCAUACAGGUGAGAGACCUUAUAAAUGUAAAGAAUGUGGGAAGGCCUUCAGUCAUGGCUAUCAACUUACUCAGCAUCAGAAAAUCCAUACUGGUAAGAAACCUUAUCAAUGUAAAAUGUGUGGAAAGACUUUUUGUUGGGGCUAUCAACUUACUAGACAUCAGUUAUUUCAUACUGGUGAGAAACCCUAUGAGUGUAAGGAAUGUGGAAAGACCUUUAAUUGUGGAUCAAGUCUUAUUCAACAUGAAAGAAUCCAUACGGGUGAGAAACCUUAUGAAUGUAAAGAAUGUGGAAAGGCCUUCAGUCGUGGCUAUCACCUUACUCAACAUCAGAAGAUUCAUACUGGUGAGAAACCUUUUGAAUGUAAGGAAUGUGGGAAGGCCUUCAGUUGGGGUUCAAGCCUUGUUAAACAUGAGAGAGUCCAUACUGGCGAGAAAUCCUAUGAAUGUAAAGAAUGUGGGAAGACCUUUUGUAGUGGGUAUCAACUUACUAGACAUCAGUUAGUUCAUACUGGUGAGAAACCCUAUGAGUGUAAGGAAUGUGGAAAGGCCUUUAAUUGUGGAUCAAGUCUUGUUCAACAUGAAAGAAUCCAUACGGGUGAGAAACCUUAUGAAUGUAAAGAAUGUGGAAAGGCCUUCAGUCGUGGCUAUCACCUUAUUCAACAUCAGAAGAUUCAUGCUGGUGAGAAACCUUUUAAAUGUAAGGAAUGUGGGAAGACCUUUAGUUGGGGUUCAAGCCUUGUUAAACAUGAGAGAGUCCAUACUGGUGAGAAACCCUAUGAAUGUAAAGAAUGUGGAAAGGCUUUCGUUAGUGGGUUUCAACUUAAUGUUCAUCAGAGAUUUCAUACUGGUGAGAAACUUUAUCAACGUAAGGAAUUUGAGAAGACCUUUAUUCAUGCCUCAAACUUUGUUCAACAUGCAAGAACUCAUAGUAAUGAUAAACCCUACGAAUAUAAAAACUAUGGGAAAGUUUUUAUGUGGACAACUUACUUAAAUGAGAAAAUAGAUACUGGUGAAAGCUUAUGAUUGAAAGAUGUGAAAGAACACUGUGUGUUGGACAACUUAACAUGAAGAGAACACUUAUUCUUGAGAAACCCUAUGAAUGUAAAGAAUGUGCAGAACCAUUCAUUGCUAUAUAAUGGACAAUUUAUUUGAUAGCAGCAAGUUCAUACAAGGGAGAAAUACAUAUUUUGAAUAUAAGGAAUAUGAAAAAGCCUGUAGGCUUCUGUGUAAUCCUAUUGAAUAUAAAUUUAUAUUGAUGUAAAACCAUUUAAACAUGUGAAGAUCUCUAUUCAUGGUACAAAGUCUGAACAACAUUAGAUAAUUUGUAUUUGUUAGAAACACUUUAAAUGGAAGGAAUAUGAGAAGGACUCAAACAUAAUUCAGGUCUUGCUGCACAUCAGGGAAUUUCUGGAAUAAUAUAUCAGAAACGUUCAGUUAACUGUUUGAUUUGGGGGAUAUCCCCCAGGCAAGCAUCUGACUGUGUAAUUCUGUGUAAUCCCAGCUGUCGUAUAGGGAUUUCCUUUCUCCAUCAUCAAAAUAAUUUUAUUACACUAUUAAUAGAGGGACUUCACCCAGCAAGCACAAGCAGUAUGAACUGGCUCAUUGUUUUCUCAAUGAUUCCUCAACAAUAAAAAUAGUAAUAAUUUGUAUUAACAUUUCUUACACAUUGAAUCUCCACAGUUUCCUGGAUCUCAUAUUUUUCUCUUCUUCAUUUACUUCCUUUUUUAAUUAUUUAUUUUUUUGAGACAGUCUUACUUUGUUGCCCUUGGUAAAGUGCUGUGGUGUCAUAGCUUACAGCACGCUCAAACUCUUGGGCUCAGGUUAUCCUCUUGCCUUAGCCUCCCAAGUAGCUGGGACUACAGGUGCCCACCACAACUGGCCCGGCUAUUUUUAGAGACAGGGUCUUGUUCUUGCUCGGGUUGGUCUGGAACCCGUGAGCUCAGGCAAUCCACCCACCUUGGCCUCCCAGAGUGCUAAGAUUAAGUGGCGUGAGUCACCAUGCCCGGCCCUUUCAUUUACUUUCUCAAUGGAGAGCACCUUCAGAAAUUUCUGGAAAAGCAUUAAUGGAAAAGAAAGUUUUGCAUUUUUGAAAAUAUCUUUAUAUCUUUUAUCAUCCUUGAUAAUUUGACUGCUACCUAACUCAAGUUUGAAAAAUUAUCUCAGAAGUUUGAAAAUAAAACCGUUUUCUUCCAGUCAUUAAGAAAAUGAAGUUUCAGCCAGGCGCAGUGACUCAUGCCUAUAAUCCUAGCACUCUGAGGCUGAGGUGGGAGGAUUGCCUGAGCUCACAGGUUCAAGACCAGCCUGAGCAAGAGCAAGACUUCCCAUUCCCACUAAAAAUUAGCCAGCUGUGGUGGAUUUCUGUAGUCCCAGCUACUUGGAAGGUUGAGGCAAGAGCAUUGAUUGCUCAAGCCCAAGAGUCUGAAGUUGCUGUGAGAUACGAUGCCAUAGCAUUCUUGCCAGGGCAACAGUGAGACUCUUAAAAAAAAAAAAAAUUUUACUUUUGAUUUCUCUCCCUUUAGAUAUGAUCUACAUUUUUUCCCCU